AGUAAGCUUCUAUUUAGUUAAUGUUUUUUUAAAUGUGCAUUGUGAGGACCAGGAUUUCAGUUUUAGAUGUAAAGAAAAUGUGCUUUCAAAAAUUAAUUUGGUCAAGCUGUUCGCAAUUUGAACAUAAUUUAGUCAAAAUUUUGCAAAACCACCGACAAGCCUCAUAACUCCAUCCCAGAACCAUUCAUAUUCACACAACUCAUCAACUCCAAACGUUUUGAGCAGACAACAAAAUAUUUGAACUUUGGAGCACAUCACCGGUUGAGCUAGGUAGAAAAUGCUGGGGGGCCAACACUAAAACAUGAGUGUUUUGGGGUGCAAAAUGCCAAAAAAAAUCUCAUCUAAGCCCUCUCCUCCAAAUUUUCUUCACACUAUGGCCCCAACGUUGUACAUAGCUCCGCCGCUGGAGCCGAUGCUUGUAGAUGUCUUGGGAGCGUCUGGUCUGCUGCAGCCUCCUUGUGGCACUACUGAAGCCGUACUGCAUCACGAGCAGCCCUGCUGUGGUAGUGCGGUUGUGGCCGCACUUGGCCACGGUGGCAAUGGUAAGCCAAGGAGUACUCCGACAAGAGUCCUCCCUCUCGUCCGCAUAUUGACUUCACUGACCAUCAUAUAGUCAACCUAUGUGAGGCAUUCCGCAACUCCAAACAAAAUCUAAUCAAAAAUUUGCCCCCGCAACUCCAUCCCACGACUAUGCAUAUUCAUGCAAUCCAUAACUCCAGACGGUUUGAGCAGACAACAAAAGGUUUGGACUUUGGAGCCGAUGCAUGUAGAUCUCUAGGGAGCGUCUGGCCUACCGCAGCCCCCAUGCUGCCACCACCGAAGCCGGCCUGCCGCGGUAACGUGGUUAUGUCUGUUAUAACGGCAGCAAUGAGAGACUGAGCACCGACAGCCAUGGUGUUCAUUGACCACUACAUAGUCAAACUAUGUGAGGCACCAUUCUCAUUAGAUAGUCAUGUCAAAAUUCCAUGCUUCUCUCGUUGAACAACAACCGUAAACAUGUGUAGAUUGUGUGGGAGAGAUCAUUGGUGGCAAGCAAGAGAGUAAAGUUGACCGAAAAUGGGAAAGUGGGAGCAGAUGCCAAUGUCAAUCGUGAAUAUAUAGUAUAUCUGAAACAACACACCCGUGCAAUUGCCAUUAAAUUGAUGACCUUUCCGUUCCGUAGUAUGGCUCGGGCAGCCUUGCUACAACUACAAAGAAGCUGGGGGCCGUGGCAUGUUAACGUGCGCAUGUUCUCAUGAAGUCAAUUGAUUGGCCACAACUAUAUAUACGAUGUAGAAUGUGAACUAACCAAGAACAAAUUUAUAGCCUCAUGCGGCGUCUGUCUACUAGCUAUCGUAUUCUUGUGCAACCAACUUGCAUAGCUACAUAGUAAUAAUUGAUGACAUAUGGCAUCGUGGAGAAUGGGAUGUCAUCAGCAAGUCUUUUCCAGAAAAUAAUCUGGGCAGCAGAAUUGUCAUGACAACUCGUAUUGAUUCUGUACCAAGAGAUGACUUCAUUACUAACAAGCUCUACAUCAGAAUGAAUCCUGAAUGGAAUCGCGGAAACAGAAAAUGGCUCCACGCACUUGUUGAGAAAGAUCUUGCUGCUUGGAUGAAGCUUGACAUGGUUGGCGAAGGUUUUGACUGUGACCAUCCUAUUGUGCACAUGUGUGGUGGUGUGCCAUUAGCACUGCUUUGCAUGUUUUCAGCAAUGAGAAUGGUCCGAGAGGAACAAGAACAGCUAGGUGUGCAUGUAAAGGCAUGUGAUGCGCAAGAUAUGAUUGAGAAGCAAGUUAAGCGAAGUGGAAUUCAGAACACUCCAGGGUUUGAACCGUUGGUAGAGAGUUUGCAGCUUGGCUACGCCGAUCUUCCUCACCAUAUGAUGAAGACUUGCUUGCUAAACUGCAGUAUAUACCCUCAGAAUCACUUUCACAGGGAUCAACUGGUCAUGCGAUGGGUCGCUGAAGGAUUUACUUAUAAAGUGGAUGAAGCAGUAGGUUAUUUUGAAGAGCUUGUCGAGAGAGAAUUACUGAUGCAGGUGAAUGAUGGUAGUACAUACAAAUUGAAUUCGAUGAUGCAAAAUUUCCUUCGAUGGAAAUCACAAGAAGAUAAUUUCAUUACUUACAGUUCUGACAUGACAUCGGCAUAUCCAUGUCGAAUCCAUCGGCUAUGUAUUGACAAGCAUCCAGGUGAUGAUGGUUCACUAGAGGGGGUGGAUCCCUUCUCUGGAUUAGAUUGGUCUCAGAUUCGAUCCCUUGUUGUUUUUGAAGAUGCUGAAAGACUCCCCUUUGAGAAGUUGGCACGCGUGCGACUGUUGGAUCUUCAAUUUAAAACGGCUCUUGGCGAUCAUCAUGUGAAGGAUAUUUGUGGACUGCUCCGUGUGAAGCACCUAUUCGGUCUAGAGGGGGUGGGAAUUAGUGAGCUACCACCAGAAAUAGGAAGGCUACACUAUCUAGAGACCCUGAACGUAAGCAAUACGUCUAUUAGCAAGCUACCCCAUGAGAUUGGGAGACUGAAAAAGUUGAAGAAUCUAUACGUGAGUCAUAGCCCAAGGAUCAGAGAGUUGCCCAGAGAGAUUGGAGACCUGCAGCAUUUAGAGACAUUGUGCAUAUUUGCAACAGAUAUCAGAGAGCUGCCCAGGGACAUUGGGAGACUAAAGAAGUUGAAGACUCUGAACCAUAGGUUCAGGGAUCUUCCCAGGGAGAUCGGGGACCUGCAAAAUUUAGAGAGUCUGGACCUCAGUGGUAGCAAAGGGAUGACAAGUCUACCAAGGGAGAUUGGGAAAUUGCAGCGUUUGAAAACACUCAAGGCGUGUUGGACAUGGAUCACAGAGCUGCCUCGUGAGAUGGGGAACCUCCAGAAUUUGGAGACUCUUGACCUGAUUUACAGCCGCGGGCUCACAGGACUGCCUCGUGAGAUUGGGAAUCUGCAGAAUCUGGAACAACUGCUCUUGAGUGCUACGGGGGUGGUAAAGCUACCAAGAGAAAUUGGGAGGCUGAAGAAGCUGAAGACUUUGAAAUUGAGUGAGACCAUCGCUGUACUACCCUGGGAGGCAGGCCAGCUUUCAGAAUUGGAGGGAGUGCCCGAGUGCAUCCGCAAAGCUUGGAAGAAUAGUGAUUUUGUGUCUGAGUUAGCCGGGGAGAUCCUGUCGAUUGAACUGGUUAGAUGGGAUGGUGAUCCAAAGGGGCUAAUUGUUGGUACAAAACACAUGCACAUUCCCCAGUGGAUCAAGGAUCACUUCAACGACCUUGGGUCGUUGGAUAUCAGGAUAUGCAAAUUGGAGGAGGAGCAGGAUCUCAAGAUUCUGCGGGAGAUGCCCAAGCUACAACAUCUCACGCUAAGGUUGGAAGCCGUCCCAAGGAAGCCCAUAGCCAUCAGCGCUGAAGGGUUUCCAAGGCUCCAUCGUCUCUAUGUUGACAGCCGCGUGCCACCGGUUAUCAUCUUCCAGGAAGGAGCGAUGCCGAGGCUGUUUGAACUCCGCUUCGAGUUCCAGUUCUACGGUGGCCCGCCUCCGCCUGCAAAUAAAGAGGCUCAGCUGGGUAUCAAACACAUCCGGUACCUCCUCUCGGUCGAAUUUAUAUGCAGCCAGGAAUGGUAUGGAGGAGCAGAAGAGAGCAGGAGCCCGUGCAUGAGCGCCAUGAUUGACGUGGUGAGGAAAGAAGCCCAGGAGCAUCCCAACCAGAUCAGCUUUCAUGUCUCUGGCCGCGAGAGUGAGCUUUUUCCAAAGAAGGACAGGUUGGCAGGGCAGGUUUCCCUGUUCAGCAGCAGCAGUGGGAGUGGCGCUGAGAAUGAGAUGAAGCGUCCUGAGGAGAAGAAGAUCUUGGCACAGGAGGUUUCCCUGUCCAGCAGCAGUGCGGGGACCGGCCCUGAGAUCAAGUAGGGGAAGCAGCAGCCGGCAGCGUGAUUGGGUUUCUUACUUGACGACCCAUCGAGCGAGCAGGUUAUUUCAUCAUCGUAGUCAUCUUCAACUACGUAUAUACAAAUGGUGGCUAUUCUUCUUGAGGCGGAGGGCAUAAGAUUUGACCGACCACAGUAAGGAAAACGCUGUUUGUUCUUUGCCCGUCCAAGCUACUAGGAGUAUUACUUGCAAGCUUCUUCCAAGCUGAUUUGGCCUAAAGCCACAUGUAUCUCUAUCUGUAUUUGGGCUAAAGGCACAUGAUUUGGCGUAAUGCCACCUGUAUCUGUUCUGUACCUCUUCAUUUUUCAUUUCAGUAAGCACCGUGGAACACAAAGGGUAUUAUUAAUUGUCAUGUCAUCAUUUAAUAAUAAUCCAAG